ACGAUAUUAUACUGUGCUAAUGUCAUGUUUCAUCGGCUAUCCAGUUUCCAUGCAUUUAUCAUCAUUAGAUCGAAAUAAGCAUCACUGUCAAUACUGGCACUAACGCCAGAAUAAUAAUUUAAAAAUUAAAAUUCUUCUUAGUAAUCAGAACAGUGCUCGCAGUCGUUUUGAUCUUAAAAGGCCGAUACAUUCAUAAAUAGCAACUCCUUCAAAGAGAAUCACCAUCUGUCGCUUUUUUCUUGCGGCUGCUAUGUUGUGUACUCUUGUUUUAGUACAGAUGUAAUAAAUGCAGCGUCGAUCAUCUCACUCUUGCUUCUAGUGGAUAAACUAGCGUAAUUUCCUCCGGAACACAAGUAAAAGAAAACUAAAAUAAGCUUCCUAUAAAAGGACAUGCCAUUGAUGCUAAUAAAUUUGGUUUCGCAGAGACUAAAGAUCAUAAACCUUUUCGAUUUUACAAAAACCAUGGCAUUGAUACUAAGUUUCGAUCAUUUUACGCGUAGCUUAAACACACUCCAACCUGGCUGAUAUUGGUAUCCUUUUUUGUUAUAUCUUUUUUGGAGUUUUGCUACUUAUUCUGUCCUUUCCUGAAAAGUUUUAACUGUCAAUAAGUUGGCGGUCACCGUCGUAUUUGUUUAUUUAUUUAUUUACCGCUCAUUCUACUAUUUUUUGUUUUUAGACCAGGCAUGUGCUAUCAUCACUUCUUUAUUCAAAUCAAAGCGCUCUUUAAACAUUUUGUCAAGCUUUUCGAUGUGUAGGAGUUACAUUUUAAGGCAUAUUUAGCUACAGUGUUGUAAAAUGAUCAAACAUGAAAACUACUUUUAUAAAAAAAUGAAGCGAAAUUUCCGGAUUUUAGAAAGACCAUCAACGGUCCGCCUAUGAUCAUUCUUUAGUCAUUUUAUCAUUAUUUCAUAAAAAAUGCAAAUAUGAUAUAAAAGUCGCAUAGAAACCGGAUAAGAACUUGCACAUAAAUGAUGCUAAGCUAAUUGCAUAAAAAUAGCCUUAAAAUGAGCAUUACUGAAUGAUCAUUUUUUGCGCAUUUUUUUAUGACUUGAUCACUAAUGGCUAAUUUUUAUAGCAUUUUUAAUAAUGAUCAUAAAAUGACCAAUAAAUGAAACAAUUUCUAGGCUAUUUUUAUAUCAUUAGUUGAUCAUCCUUCUGUCAUUUGGCCAUUAAUAUCUCAUUUACAUUCACUUGAGAAGGAUAUACGCUUUUGGAAUCAGGUUAGCUAUUCUGGUUUUCUGCAAAAUCCUGCGAAACGAAUUUUUAUAUAUUUAAAUGUACAUUACUUAAGUAAUGUACUUAUGGUAUUAAUUAACCACCAUAAGUUUACCUAUUAUUGUUAGAAACUGUCAGAAUAUCUAAAUGCUUUUAUUUUUCUGAGAUGGAAGACACCGAUUUUAGAUGUGAGAUAAAUCCAAACAUUUUUUGAUUUCUGGCUAAAAUAACAUGAGCAUUAGAGAGAGCAGUCUUUGUUUAUUUUGUAUGCUGACAGUAUAUUAACAGUGGAAUACACAUCAGAGAAGAUGCUAAAAAUGGGCAUGAUUGACCGACGAAAUUCCCUUGAAUUCCGUUUCGGUUAUUUGAUGAAACAUUACAUAUCAAAUAACUGAGAGAAAAAAUUAUAACUUUUACGCAUUUCACAAGUUAAAAUAAAAGUAUACUGUAGUAGAAACGAUCAUGAGAGAAGAUUGACUGUAAAGAGAGCAGUAGAAAAUUUCCUUUUGCUAAGAGUGGAUUCUCCAACUGAUGAAAAAUAUUUGCAAUUUCAAUGCGAUUUGAAAUUAUUAUAACAGUGUUUCUAAAUAUAUGAUCACAAAACUAAAUAUCAGAUGGCAGCACUUACUUUGAAAAAAGUGACAAAAAAAAUAAAGUCUUUCUGAGGACAACUUCAUAUCUGUAGCAGAAAACGCAUUACAAAAAUACGGUCGCACCGCGAUUUUUAAGCAGCAAUUUAAAACAAAAAAGUUAUCUUCGCGAUCCGGGCUUGAUCACUUUAAGAAAAAACAUUUAAUUUUCUUCGUUUUAGAAACUAGUCAAGGUGCAUUUGAACGAGAACUAAAAGAAUUUGAAGAAAAUUGUUCACCAUUAAUAGAAACAAUUAAUAAAGAUGAAGAUGAAAUGCCUGGUGGUUCAGAAGAAGCAGUUGAAGGUGCUGGUGGAGAACAAGAACUAACAAUUGGAUUAUUCAAUAGUUAA